AUUACCAGUGGUAGUUUUGGUGAAGGAUUGCAAAUGCGUGGUAGUGAUAUAGAUAUUAUGUAUGUAUUGACAAUCAUCGAGGUUCACGAUAAGAUAAAAUCAAUUGUUUUCAAUCCUAUACAAACGUAUUUUGUGCUUACGACAGAAGAUACAAAAGCAGGUUUUGCAAUGUUACAUCUUAUAAGGAGUCAAGAUCCAACCAUGCUAAAAAAUUGUGAAAAAUUUAGAAAGGACUUUUAUUUGUCAAAUGCUUUGUUCAAACAACUUUGUUUAACCGACAGAUGUCCUGUUGAGCAUGGACCGUGCGUGUCCGACAAAGAAGGUUAUUCUGAUUAUGCUUAUUGCCUGCAUAGUAAAUCGUGGAUCCAACCCGCAUCAAAAUGGAUUAUGAGGUCAAAUAAUUCCUGGCCGAAUGAAAACACAAAGCAGAUGAUCAUCAAUCACGGGGUGCUUUUUGUACCAAUUGGUGCUAAAGGGUCAGAACACGAGGAAUUGGAAUGGCGAAUCUCAUUCUCAGUUGCAGAAAAAUUUCUUAUUUAUACGUUUAGUCACGCGCAAUUUACGUGUUAUGCACUCAUGAAAAUUCUUUUAAAAGAUGUUAUAAAUGCUGACAAGAGAAUUAAAAAUGUAUUGUGUUCUUAUCACCUGAAAACAAUACUUUAUUGGAUAUCAGAGGAGAAACAACCCUCUGUAUGGACACCUGACAAUUUGAUACCUUGUUUUAUGAGAUGUUUCCGUCGGCUGAUAUAUUGUGUGGAAUAUUCAGUGUGUCCGCAUUAUUUCAUUCCAGAAAAUGAUUUGUUUAAGAAUAAGAUAGAAGGACUAUAUAGAGAUAAUUUAAAUGAUACACUUCGUGUGCUAUAUAGCUAUGGAUGGCGAUGCAUUUUAUUCUCUAAUCAAAUAUCACAUGUUUCGGUUUUGUCAUGCAACAUUCCAAAUGAUCACAAUUUCUUAUAUUAUGAAGAUAUUAACAAAUUGUUAAAGUCAAAAAUAUUUGCACUUGCUACUGUUGUGAACGGUACACAAAAUAACUUCGGUAGAGCUAUUUAUAACAUAAUAUCUUGUUUCUCCAAAAAAUUGAAAUACAUUCAUGCAUUCUUCAUUUCAAUCGUGUGCUGCAAGUCCAUAUGCCUAAGCAGUGCAAUCAGUAAUAAGAAUCAUUAUAAACAAUAUAACACUUGUCUGAGCUAUCUACUAAUGAACAUCAACCAUUAUAUUGCCUCUGGAUGGUUGUUGGUGGCUUCGUUUUUUUUAUAAUGCAAACCAAUAUAAGAGAGCUCUUAUAAUUAUUUCGCAUGCAUUAUCGAUGUGUACACCGGACAAAUUUUUCCUUCUCACAGAAAUUUCAUUCAGGCAACGUCGUCUAGUCAAGUGGCAUUUGGAACAAGGGCAAGACGUUGUGCGUUCGUUAAAAUUCAUACUGGCAGAUAAUGUUAAUUUUAAAAUGUCUUCAUUAAUUCCUGCGGAACUGCUAAUAGAAGGGGGUGUUUUUAAAACACCACCUGUAGUGUACGCACAUUGUUUGUCGUUUCUUUGUCAUUAUCAUCUGAACAAUAGACGAGAAUGCAGAAAUUCACUCCGAAACCUUCAAUUGACAAUCACUGAAGAAUAUUUCAUGGUAGCGGAAAGAUUGACUUAAUUAACAUUUUAUUAUUGUCUAGGUACUGCUUUACAAUUAGUAGGAGACAAUAUAUCAGCAAAACUUAAUUUCAAUGAAACCAUGAAGUUAUUAUACCCCUAUCCAUACAUGAUUAAGUAUUUCAAAAGACUUUCUAUGAUAACUUCCUUGUGAAAAACAAAUUGAUCUGAAACAAGAAAUGUACGUACCUUAUAAUGUUGAUGAAUAGUGAUAUAAACGGUACUCAAUACAA